AUGGCAUUUGCGGCACAGACCAACAUGGCAUUUGCGGCACUCGACGAGCCUCCCAUCCACUCCUGGCAGUCUCUCGCCCACAGCGGCAAGCUUUCGCGGGCGCUCGACAAAGAGGACCUGGCUACGCCCUGGAUCAAAAAGCUGCGGGUCCGAAACCUCGAGCCGUCGCCGCAGCCCUACACUCUGCGCAUCGCGAUGCCGUGCACAUGCGGCGGCUGCGUCGCCGCGCACGAGAUGAAGCCGGAGCGCUGCGGUGCGACGAAGAAGGGACUGGUAAUGGUCUGGGACGAGACGAAGCAGGCGUGCAAGCUCGAAGCGGACAAGCUCUCCGCUGUGGUUGCGGCUGCAGCCCUGGCGCCAGCUAGCUCUGCGGCCACGUCGAGCGAGGAGCCUCCGCCGCCCGUCGGCAGCACGACUGCAGAGCUUGCUGGCCCGCCGGCGACUGGCGGUGGCAUGGCUGCUGCGGAGGAUGUGGCCCGGCUCGGACCGCCCGCCGCGCGGGCGGUGUUGGAGCAAGUCUUCGCCAUGGACCGCUUCCCGACGCGCCAGCUGCGCGCCAGCCUCGCCACCGAUCUCGCCGUCAGCCCACGGCAGCUGAAGAAGGAGGAGGCCCGCGCAGCCGCGGCGAUGGCGGCGACGAACGCUCUGGCGGCGCAAGAGGAGGCAGUCGAGCCAGCAGCGCCGCCCGUGCAGGAGGAGGCGGGGGGAGUGCGCCUGCACCUCUCCAGUAGCAGCAGCACCGGCUACGAGAGCGUGCGUGUGCACGCCUCUGGAAAUUUCGUGGCGACUCGCUACGAGCACGGAACGCCAGUACUAAUCGGUCUCUAUGACACGCCGGUGGAGGCGGCGCGGGCGGAGGCAGCCUCGGGCGAGGGGGGGGACGAGGGCGAGGGCGAGGUCCCUCCCGACCUGCCCGACAGCCGCAAGGUUCACGUCGCGAUGCCGACCGAGCAGCCCGCCGAGCAGGCAGCGCUGCCCGCUACGCCUCCGACCGCUCCGCGGCCUCCCCAAGCGCUUGCCCGGCCGGCAGAGGCGCUGCUGGCGACAGAGGCGGAGGGCUUGCGUUUGCACCUCUCCAGCAACAACAGCACCGGGUACAGGGGAGUGCAGAGGGCGUCCACUGGCCGCUUCCAGGCGAAGCGCUCGAAGCGCUCGGUGGACGGCAAGGAGGGUCCAGUGCUUGCGGCGUCGCCAUGGCGGGCACCGCUCGUGACAGAGGCGGAGGGCUUGCGGCUGCACCUCUCGAGCAGCAACAGCACCGGCUACAGGGGCUUGUUCCAUGAUCGCCGCGCCUCUGGCCGCUUCCAGGCGCAGUACAGGGCGGGCGAAAGGAGGGUUUCCAUCGGCUCCUUCGACACGGCGGUGGAGGCGGCGGUGGCCUAUGCGCGCGCGGUCGGCGAGUACCAGCCUCCGACAGUGGCUGCGGCGGAGGCGGAGGGCUUGCGUCUGCACCUCUCGAGCAGCAGCAGCACCGGGUACAAGGGCGUGUACGAGAGCUCUGGCCGCUUCCAGGCGCGGCACAUGGCGAACGGGCGGCGGGUCAACCUCGGCUACUUCGACACGGCGGUGGAGGCGGCGGUGGCGUACGCGCGGGCGGUCGGCAAGGCUCCUGCCCACGGGUCGUCUGCCGUCGGCAGCGAGGCGCUCGACUCGGACGAGGGCGAGAGCGAGGACGAGGAGGGCGAGGCCCGCUGCCUGUGGGUCGCCUGCGACCGCAACAGCACCGGCUACUUAGGCGUGCGCAAGCAGGUGUCGGGCCGCUUCAAGGCGCGGCACAAGGUGGACGGCAAGGAGGUCUACAUCGGCGGCUUCGGCACCGCGGUGGAGGCGGCGGUGGCGUAUGCGCGGGCAGUCGGUGAGGACGGCCGCCUCUUCGAGCUCCUGCCCGACGGCCGCACCGUCCACAAGGAGGCGCCUCCCAACAAUGGCGGCAUGGCGGCCGUCGCCGAGGCGCUCGGGCGCAUCGGGCUGCAGUCCUACGCCGCCGCGUUUGACUCCGAGGGCUUCGACGACAUCGAGUUUCUGCUCGGGCUGGACAGCGCCGAGCGGGCCGCUGUGGCCACGGCGACGGGCAUGGAUGCGAAGCCGGGGCACGCGGGGAAGUGGGUCAAGUUCGGCUUCGGUGGGCCCUGA